UCAGCCGCUCCGCUGCGUGACGCGUCCUCGCUGCCUCGCCUCCUCGCUUCCUCUCCGACCUGCGAUGAGCUGUUGUUCUUAAAAUGGCGCCGUUAGACCUGGACAAGUAUGUUGAGAUUGCGAGGCAGUGUAAAUAUCUUCCAGAGAACGAUUUAAAGAGAUUGUGUGACUAUGUGUGUGACCUGCUUCUCGAGGAAUCAAAUGUGCAGCCUGUAUCCACUCCAGUCACUGUUUGUGGUGACAUCCAUGGACAGUUUUAUGACUUAUGUGAACUCUUCAGAACUGGAGGACAAGUACCGGACACAAACUACAUUUUUAUGGGUGACUUUGUGGACAGAGGAUAUUACAGCUUGGAGACAUUCACAUACUUGCUAGCACUUAAAGCUAAGUGGCCAGACCGCAUCACUCUUUUGCGUGGAAAUCACGAAAGCAGGCAGAUCACACAAGUGUAUGGCUUUUAUGAUGAGUGCCAGACUAAGUAUGGAAAUGCCAAUGCUUGGAGAUACUGCACUAAAGUGUUUGACAUGCUGACUGUUGCUGCCUUGAUAGAUGAGCAAAUCCUUUGCGUGCAUGGUGGCCUUUCACCUGACAUCAAAACUCUGGACCAGAUCCGCACCAUUGAACGUAACCAGGAAAUCCCUCACAAGGGCGCGUUCUGUGACCUUGUGUGGUCUGAUCCAGAAGAUGUUGACACCUGGGCUAUAAGCCCGAGGGGUGCAGGAUGGCUCUUUGGUGCCAAGGUCACCAAUGAGUUUGUUCACAUCAACAACCUGAAGCUGAUUUGUCGUGCACAUCAGCUUGUUCAUGAAGGCUACAAGUUCAUGUUUGACGAGAGGCUUGUGACCGUGUGGUCAGCCCCUAACUACUGUUACCGCUGUGGCAACAUUGCCUCCAUAAUGGUGUUCAAGGAUGUCAACACACGGGAGCCCAAGCUGUUCCGGGCUGUCCCAGACUCCGAGAGGGUCAUACCCCCAAGAACGACAACACCCUACUUCCUCUGAGUCUGCGGCCUUCAAGCCCAUCUGUGUCCACCCUCCCCUCUUUCUCAUCAUGGUCAACCUCUCUUGUCUUUUGUGUGUGAAAUAAAUAUUAUAUAUAUAUAUAUAUAUAUAUAUAUAUAUAUAUAUAUAUAUAUAUUUAUAUAUAUAUAUAUAUAUACAUUUUUUUUUUAAUUAUUAAAUGAUGUUCAGCUCCUCUACCCACUCCAAGAUUAAAGGGUCUGUUUCCUGAACAAGGACUAAGCCUGGUCUGGACUGCGAAGUCUGAUUGGAGAUACUAAACUGAGGAGUAUAUGUAGUCCAGGAUUAGGUUUAAUUUUGUCCAGAAAACCAAAUCUUUGCAUUGGCACAGGCCAUUCUCCUGUAGAGUGUAAUGUGGUCAUGCACAAAUUUUUGUGAAAUCUAGAGUAGACCUUCUUUCUCUUGGUGCUGUUUUCUUAUUUCCUCCUACAUGGUAUUAAAUCUCCUGUCAUAAAGUACUACUCUCAUGAAGACCCAAGCAGAAGACAGGACAUUUUAGAGAAACAUUAUCCAUGUGGUGCCAGGGGAGAUAAUUUACUUGAUGGCACAUAAAUAACUACUCUCAACAACCCGUGAAUGCCAAUUACGGUCAAGCCUGAAGUUUAUGCAUGUGCGAAGACCUCAUGAACAGAGAAAUGCUGAAGUAUAUUGCUGUACUUGUAUGCAUAGAUCUGGCCUUUUUAUGAGUACUGUAGUGAUAUGGUAUGUUGAAUACUAAAAACCUUCAAAUAACGGGAUGGGGUGAGAGUGGACCAGUCAAUGAGACAGAGAAGGCUGUGAUUAUUUUGUACAUUUAAAUAAUUGUAUUGAUUAUUUCAUUUUUCUCAGAUUUGUUGUAUUUUAUUAUUGUAGAAAUGGCAAUCCACCUACCAAUUAAAUAUUAAAAAAAGCCCUUUAUUGUUAAUUUAAA